CACAUGCACACACACACACUCGCUGCACAUGCAUGGAGCAGAUCCACAGUGCCGCACAGUAGUGAGGCCAUGGUGUGUGAUUGAGAGAGGGGGGGUUAGAGAGAGAGAGAGAGAGAGAGAGAGAAAGAGAAAGAGAGAGAGAGAGCAUUAACUCUCGCCAACUUAAGGAAAGCACCAGUGUGGAGAAGUUGCAUGAGGCGUGUGGUUCCAACUGAGGACUUUCUUAUCAGACCAUGGAAGCCAAGAAGUGGAGGUAGAAGAACAAGAAGAAGAAGAGGAAGAAAAACCCUCCCUGGUGGCUGAACAGGAGCCCAGAGCUUCAUCCGAGGGAUUACUGGACUCUUCAUAUAUGUGCUCGUGUCAUGGUGAUAUCCUACAUGAUCGCCGCUUGUUGACAGGAGCCUCUCUGUGUACUGGAUUUCCCAGGGAUCAAAGUUUGUUUUCUGAGCAGAGUGUGUGAAUGAAGUGUGCGGAAGCAGGAAACAUGUCAAACGGACGUCUCAGUCACCUGUUGAGGGGAGUCUGGCUGCUGUGGCUGUGGCAAGUGGUGUUUGUGGCUGGAACUGGGAGCAAACUAUGGGAGAUGCCCACAGCUUCCUUCACUUCCUCCUCCAACCUCAGUGAGAGCCUGCAGUGGGAGCAGGACUGUCAGUACCGCCACCUACAGGACAGAGUGAGAAUCACAGCAGACAUCCCCCCAAGACUAGACGGCACAUGGGUGUCAACAAGAUGUGAAGUUCGUCCGGGUCCAGAGUUCCUCACCCGCUCCUACAGUUUCCACCCCAGCCGUCACUUCCACGCCCUGCAGCACUACUACACAGACAGCAGCUGCGAGGAUCCAGCCUACUCCCUGACGAUCAGGGGGAAGCUUCGUCUGCGCCAGGCCUCCUGGAUCACCCGUGGGGGCACCGAAGCUGAACACCACCUCAGCAAGGUGGGCAUCGUGGUCCACAGCCUGGCGGCCAAGCAGAGGCUGGCCUCCAGACUGCCUGCGACCUGCGUGGGUCUGACCCUGGGUCGAGUGGUGCCGGGGAAGCUGUAUGAACUGUACAACACCCGAGCAGGGAGGGGAUGUCUGGCAGCCCUGGGCUUCUCCAUGAUGGAGAUGGGGCUGAUUCGGAUGGAGACACAGCACCACAGCCACGGAGGGAAGGUCCAGGAGCUGCUCUUAGGGGACAUUCACACUGACUGGACACAGAGAACUCAGUACAGACCUACAGGGUACCAACAGCCACUGCAGAAUGCCAUGCAUCACAUCCACCCCUGCCCUGUGUGCGCCCUUGUGUACCGCUCCACAGAGCAGCGCCCCCCAGUGUUGCCCCACAGCCCUGCACCUCCUCGGUCUCUGGCCGGCCGCUGGGUCAGCCAGCGCUGCGAAACCCGCCCCAACAUCCUCUUCCUCACCAGAGACUUCACCUUUGAUCCUGACCAGCAUGCAUGGGAGGGCAUCUAUCGACACUACUCGGACCCUGCCUGCUCUCAGCCCACUUUCACCCUGAGAGCCUCGGGCCACUACGCUCAGGGAAACCCCUCCGCCAAGGUCUCAGGAGCCACUGAGUUUGUCUUCAAGGUCACCCAGGUGAGAGUCACAGCUGCAGAGGAACCCACAGCGAAGUUGCUGAAUGGGACGAGGCCAGGAAAGUGUGGUCGCGCAGGAGGCUGGGAGGUCGGUGUGGAGCAGGACUUGACCCCCACAGAUGGGUGCACCCUGCUGGGCAUCAAGCUGCCGCAUAAGGAGUACGAGCUCUUCAAGACUGAGGUGGACCACAGGAAACACCCGCUGCUGUUCAUCGGAGAGAGGCUGACUGACGGGUCCAGUCCAGACCGACCGCAGAGGAGGCCCACUUCCUUUCAGGCUCCCAUGGUGCUCUGCAGUGGGGGGGAGAAACAGCCCUCACAUCGCUAUGGCUCAGGUUUUAACAGCAAGCAAGUCCAGUUAGCAGCCAGUGGGACAGAGAGACUGGCACUGCUGGUGUUACUGGUGCUGGGAUCUGUGCUGUGCAGCUGGUUUUGUGUUUAUUAGAGACACCGUUCACACAUCAAGCUGAAGUCAUUGAUGGAUGUUGUUUCCUGGCAGCUUUCUUUCACUCUUCCUCCAUGCGAUGAUGACCACGUGUGCGAUGGUCCAGAAAAAUCAUGAGACACUCAGGAGAGCUGAAUAUUUUUUGAUAUCCGGUUUUCAGACGCUGCCUGUAGUUUCACUUUAAUGACUCUUAACUUCAGCUGCAUUUCUACCUAAAACUAAUCUGUAUAUAAACCACCAAUAUAUAAGUGCCAUCAUUUCAGUAUGUAAAAAUAUAUUCUUCUAAACCAUGUUCCUUCUGUUUAAUGAUCACAUGCUCUCAGUUCACAGAUUAAUUCCUUUUUGCAUCUUUUUGGGUUUAAUGCAGUUUUUCUUGUCAUGCUAUUAUAACAAAGAAAGAUCACAGUGUUGAAAUGUGGAUCAGCUAUUUCCGCAUCAACAUGAAAGCCGUGGACAUUCCAGCAGACUUCAGACGAGAGCUCGUUUUCAUCCAGAAUGCAGUAUAACUAAUGCACUUUGUACAGAACUUUGUUUUCUCAACACGGAGAGAAAAGAAGCUGCAGAGCAGAGAAAGUGGAAUCAGCACUGUGAGAGCAGCCAUCUUCAUUCGUCUGAUGCCACUGUGAUGUUUGUUGCUUUAUCUCUAUCCUCUUUCAAAGCUCGUUUAUUAAUCUGCUUUUCUAUCAGCAGUAAAUCGAAACAAAUCAAAUGAAUAUUUAUUUUAACCAUUUAUUCUGUACUUUUUGAUAAGAGGAAGAUUUUGGUCUAAUAUUUUAGUUAGUUCUGCCAUUUAAGAAGUGAUUAUUGUUUGUGUAUAUUAAAAUUGGCUUUUCA